GAUCCGCGGCCAACAGGAACCCUGCCUGGGCGGGAGUAGACCGCCUCCCAGCCCCGCCUCCCGACAGAGAACGGAGGUUGUUUUCUCUGAAGAAAAAUUUCCUUUUGCGGUCUGGCGCCGAGUUGUUUAUUUUCUUGUUGUUUCUGUUUUUAAUUGCUUUUUACCCCUAUCCCCACGUCUUAAUUUAACAUUGUAAUUCCCUUGUUUUAAAUAUCGGCGUAGUUUUAAACAAAACCGUAAUUACCGAGUUAUUUCUGUCACGGGUCGCAGUCGUGCGAGGAGGUUUCGAGGUCCCCUCGAGGUAUGAGUUCACAAUGAAGAGGCGAUUGGAUGAACAGGAUCCGGUUUUUGCGUCUCAGCAGCGUCGCCUUGCAAGCAGCACGGAAAGCUUCCAGCACCGUGUGCUGGCACCAGCGCCGGCAGUGUACGAGGCAGUGUCAGAGAACAUGCAGCCCACCACUGGCAUCCAGUACUCCGUCCCUCAGGGGUACCAGGUAAGCCCUGCAGUGGACACCGGGACCCUUUGGAUCCAGGUACCGACAGUGGCCCAGAGCUCCAGUAGCCACGGGCACGCCCCAGGGACAGCUGUGCAUAGCGGGGGGCAUCACCACCCCCCAACUGUACCACCCCACAGUGGGCAGGUAGUGCAGAGCCACCCCCAUGCCCCUACACCCACCGCCCCUGUGCAGGGCCAGCAGCAGUUCCAAAGGCUCAAGGUUGAAGAUGCUCUGUCCUACUUGGACCAGGUGAAGUUACAGUUUGGGAGUCAGCCCCAAGUUUACAAUGACUUUCUUGAUAUAAUGAAGGAGUUUAAAUCACAAAGCAUUGAUACUCCAGGGGUGAUCAGCAGAGUCUCUCAGCUCUUCAAGGGCCACCCAGACCUGAUUAUGGGCUUCAACACUUUCCUGCCUCCGGGGUAUAAAAUAGAGGUGCAGACUAAUGACCUUGUGAACGUUACCACACCAGGGCAGAUCCAUCACAUCACCCCACAUGGCAUCCAGGUGCAACAACUGCCCUUACCCCAACCAGCACAGCACCAGCCCCCGCCCCCAGCACCAGCCACUCCUGCUGCAGCACCUCCUGCUGCCCAGCCCACACCAGCAAAAAUCAGCAAGCCCCUGCAGUCUCCAGCCCUGACCCCUACCAGCCAGUCCAAUCCGUCCAUCCCCCCCUACGCCUCCCCACGGUCCCCACCAGUGCAGCCCCACACACCCGUCAGCGGUACUCCUGCCAGCGCCCCGCCACUGCAGAACAACCAGCCUGUGGAGUUCAACCACGCCAUCAACUACGUGAACAAGAUUAAGAACCGCUUCCAGGGUCAGCCUGACAUCUACAAAGCCUUCCUGGAGAUACUGCACACUUACCAGAAGGAACAGCGUAAUGCAAAGGAAGCAGGUGGGAAUUACACCCCAGCGCUGACGGAGCAGGAAGUCUACGCACAGGUAGCCCGUCUCUUUAAAAAUCAGGAGGACCUUCUCUCAGAGUUUGGACAGUUCCUGCCAGAUGCCAACAGCUCUGUGUUUAAUUUCCUUUUCCCACAGCUGUUAAGUAAGACGACAGCAGAGAAGGUAGAGGCUGUGCGAAACGACCACGGUGGCACUGUAAAGAAACCCCAGCUCAACAAUAACAAGCAGAGACCCAACCAGAACGGCUGUCAGAUCCGCCGGCACUCUGGAAGUGGUGCCACUCCUGUUAAGAAGAAGCCCAAGCUCCUGGGCCUGAAGGAUCAGUCCCAGACUGAGGCUAGUAAGCAUGGUGUUGGAACAGAGUCACUCUUCUUUGAGAAGGUCCGGAAAGCGCUCCGCAGUGCAGAGGCGUAUGAGAACUUCCUGAGGUGCCUUGUAAUCUUCAACCAGGAAGUUAUCUCCCGGACCGAGCUGGUGCAGUUGGUGUCGCCGUUUUUAGGGAAGUUCCCAGAACUGUUCACCUGGUUCAAGAAUUUCCUGGGGUACAAAGAGUCAUCCCACAUCGAGAGCUUCCCCAAAGAGCGGGCCACAGAGGGCAUUGCCAUGGAGAUAGACUAUGCAUCCUGUAAGAGAUUGGGCUCCAGCUACAGGGCUCUCCCCAAGAGCUACCAGCAGCCCAAAUGUACUGGCAGGACCCCACUGUGCAAGGAGGUUUUGAAUGAUACGUGGGUGUCAUUCCCAUCCUGGUCUGAAGACUCCACCUUUGUGAGCUCAAAGAAGACCCAGUAUGAGGAACACAUUUACAGAUGUGAGGAUGAGAGAUUUGAGCUGGAUGUAGUCUUAGAAACGAACCUGGCCACGAUGCGCGUGCUGGAGACAGUCCAGAAGAAGCUCUCCCGAAUGUCUGCAGAGGAACAGGCGAAAUUCAGACUGGACAACACGCUGGGCGGCUCCUCCGAGGUGAUCCACCGCAAGGCCAUCCAGAGGAUAUAUGGUGAGAAGGCGCCUGACAUCAUCGAUGGGCUGAAGAAGAACCCAGCUGUGUCCGUCCCCAUUGUACUGAAGAGGUUAAAAACAAAGGAAGAAGAGUGGAGGGAAGCCCAGCGAGGUUUCAAUAAGAUCUGGAGGGAACUGAAUGAGAAAUAUUACCUGAAAUCCCUGGACCACCAGGGCAUUAACUUCAAACAGAAUGACACCAAGGUGCUGCGCUCCAAGACACUGCUCAAUGAAAUCGAGAGUAUCUAUGAUGAGCGGCAAGAGCAAGCAUCAGAGGAUAAUGCCAUUCCACUGACGGGACCUCACAUGACGCGAUCUUACGAAGACAAGCAGAUCCUGGAGGAUGCUGCCUCCCUCAUCAUCCAUCACGUCAAGAGGCAGACUGGCAUCCAGAAGGAGGACAAGUACAAGAUCAAGCAGGUCAUCUACCACUUCAUCCCAGACCUGCUGUUCGCACAGCGAGGGGAGCUCUCCGACGUGGAGGAGGAAGAGGAGGCAGAGAUGGAGCUGGAUGAAGGCAACGACAAGAAGCACAACGGGGUGGCGUCAGGAGGGGGAGGAGGGGGCAGCCCCACCAAGUCCAAGCUGAUGUUCAGUAACACUAACGCUCAGAAGCUUCGGGGCUCGGAAGAGGCCUACAACCUUUUCUAUGUCAACAACAACUGGUACAUCUUUCUGCGGCUGCACCAGAUCCUGUGCUCCAGGCUGCUGCACAUCUACGGACAGGCAGAGAAGCAGAUUGAGGAAGACUGCCGUGAGAGGGACUGGGAAAGGGAGGUGCUUGGUCUCAAACGGGACAAGAAUGACAACCCUGCCAUCCAGCUCAGACUCAAAGAGCCCAUGGAUAUUGAAGUGGAGGAUUAUUACUCUGCUUUCCUGGAGAUGGUGAGAAACUUGCUGGAUGGGAACAUGGAUGCGUCUCAGUAUGAGGAUACUCUGCGGGAGAUGUUCACCAUCCACGCUUACAUGGCAUUCACCAUGGACAAGCUCAUCCAGAGCAUCGUCAGACAGCUCCAGCACAUUGUAAGUGAUGAGAUCUGUGUACAGGUGACUGAACUAUACCUCUCAGAGAGUUUAAAUGGUGCCACAGGGGGUCUCCUGAACACACAGUCAUCCAGAGCUAGCUCAGAGGUGGCCUACCAACGCAAAGGAGAGCAGCUCAUGUCUGAUGAGAAUUGUUUCAAGCUGAUGUUUUUCCAGGACAGAGGGCAGGUGCAUCACACCAUCGAGCUACUGGACACGGAGGAAGAGAACUCCGACGAGCCUGCAGAGGCUGAGCGCUGGUCAGAUUAUGUAGAGCGAUAUGUGAACUCCGACUCUACCUCCCCGGAGCUGCGAGAACAUCUAGCACAGAAGCCUGUGUUUCUCCCAAGGUGUGCCCCGGCACCAACUUACAUUGCAAAAUAUAUGGUUCAUGGCUUCACUCACCACUCGCCACUAACUCCUACGGAACCUGCGACGGAUACGAAAGUAUCAGAGAGGACGGGAGCAACAGGAGAAAGAGGGCAAGGAAGGAAGUGGGAAAAAGUCAGUGGAGAAUGUGGAGAAUCUGGACAAGAUGGAGUGCAAGUUCAAGCUCAAUUCAUACAAGAUGGUGUAUGUGUUCAAAUCAGAGGAUUACAUGUACCGGAGGACAGCCCUGCUCAGGGCUCACCAGUCCCACGAAAGGGUCAGCAAGAGGCUGCACCAGCGUUUUCAGGCCUGGGUGGACAAGUGGGCAAAGGAGCAUGUGACCCACGAGAUGGCAGCCAACACCAGCAAGUGGCUGAUGGGAGAAGAUCUGGAGGGGCUGCUGCCUUGUACGACCACUUGCAAUAAGGAAAUCCUGCACUUCAUGAGCAUUAACAAAUACCGCGUUAAGUACGGCGCGACAUUCAAAGCACCGUAAAUUGGCAGAGAUUUUUUUUUUUUUUUUUUUUUGGAGGGUGGGGUGGAGGGGGUUAAUUCAUAUUUGUGGUUGGGUCUACAAAAUCUUGUGGUGGAGAUACAAAGCUGACUGCCGUAUUGUAUCGGUUGCCAGCAGGUAUUUUUUUGUUUGUUUUUUGGUUUUAUCAGCCUUUUAGAUGUACCUGCAUUUGCGGGGCCUUGGUGCCAAAAUUAGAAAAUCUAGUCAUUUUUCUUUAACCUUCCCAACCCCACCUCCAAACCAAAACCAUAAACGCAGGCCUGUGUUAUAAACCAGUUGGGGGAUUUCUUUCUCUUGUUGCAGGUAUUUUAAAAUGGGUACAGGUUUAACAGCAGUCAGUGAGCACCAACCAGCAGUGGAUUGCUGCACUUGAUGAAAUGUGUUAAGAGACUGCUUUUGUACAAAAAUAAACACACAGUUGCAUUUUCCUGAUAUUUCCAGGAAUUGAUUUCUUGUGAGUGAGGGGCUGAUGGAGAUCAUUGCAAACUGAGAUGUUUGCUAGCAAGGAAGAACAUCGCAAUUUCCAAGUUUUUUGCCCUUUUACAAAAAAAAAAAAGUGAAGUAUGUAUUAGACUUGAUACAACUGGGUUCUUACAAUUUCCAGUAGUGAUAAAUACUAUUUCAUCAAAAUAUCAGCAGUUUCAUCCUUGCAGCAAAUAUUUUGGUAUGUUGUAGACACUUCAUCCUCUUACUUACAAGAAUGCAGUAUUGAAUUCCUGACAGGAGCUUAGUUAUACACAAGUUUGGUUACCUGAUUUCAGGGCCUAGUUAAGAUAACAAGCGUCCUGAAAGGUUAAGCAGACUGAACUCUUUUAAGCAAGAUUUUUUUUUUUUUUUUUAACUUAUUCGAAUGGCAGGCAGCAUUGUUUUAAAUAUGCAUGUAGCAGAAAGAUGACCUGUGUAAAUGAAAAUAGAAAGUCAUUGAUUUGUGUAAAAAAAAUAAAAAUAAUUAAAAAAUGAGAAUAGAAAAAUGGAGAUCACUUGACUUCUGGCCACAACAUAUACAAUUGUAUAUCUUGUGACAUGUCAGAUUUAUGAUAUAUAUAUAUAUAUAUAUAUAUAUAUAUAUAUAUAUAUAUAUCCAUCCAUCUCAGCUAUUACCUUAGCUUCCCUGGUACUGUACCUGCAAUGUUGCUGGCAAUGUCCAAUGCCAUAACACCAGCUUUUAUACCCAAAAGAACACCAAUACAAAUGGAUAACCCACCCUGCUUUUGUUUUUGUAAAUAAAUUGUACAUAGUGUCAAACCUUUUUCAUUACAGAGAUCUGCAUUGAUGUGAUAGCGUAAUUCAAAAGCUUACUGUGUACCUUAGUGAGAGGUGGCUUAAAGUUAGUACUUGUAUUUAAAAAAAAACAGAAAAAAAUGCAAGACAGUUUAUUACAGUUUUUACCAAAGGGAGUUAAUUAUAAUGGUAAUGUUUCCUUUUUUUUGGUGUUUUUUUUUCAUUCUUUUUAAGUAAAAAAAAAAAAUAAAAAAAAAAAUAAGUUCAUUUGAUAAGUAGAAAUUUGUCCAGGAUUUUUUAAAUAUAAUUCAAAAUAUCUAUAUAAAAAAAAAAAAAUGCAAAAAAAAAAAUAUAUAUAUAUAUAUCUCUGUAGAGUUUUUGUGACUCUUGUACAAUGUCUGAACUGUUGAAAGUUCAAAAUUAGAAUUAGCCUUUUAUAUCAUACUGGUGUAUCACUGCCCCAUUCGAGAGAGAUAUAUAUAUAAUAUAAUGAAUGCCUGGUCUGCUAUGGACAGUCUUAAUAUGAAUGCACUGCACAGCACAGAUGGGGUUACUGGGACAACUCCUACAGAUUCACUUAACCAGCUUAAUUCAACUGUCCACCACCUUCUCAGUGGAAGCCUGGAUACAUUUCUGCUAGGAAGAUUUACCUGUAUUUUUUAAAACAAAGAUGUCACGGCAUGUCUCUUCUGUAGAUCAUCAUGGCCCCUUUAUUUCAACUCUUUAUUUUUUAAAAAAUAAUAAAAAUUGACAUUUGUAGCAGCUGAACCUAAUGUUUUUGAUUAAAAUCUCCAGUAUCCAUUUGUUUUUGGAUACCUCUGUUAUGGUUGAAUAGUGGGAUUGA